AUGCUCACCCUGUACGACCUCGCCGGGCAUGCGCGGUACCUCAAAACGACCGUCCUCGGCCUCACCCGGAACGUUCCCGACUACGCGUGUAUCGUGAUUAGCGCGAAUAACGGGAUUCAGCGGAUGACCAAAGAGCACCUGGCGCUUUGCUUGGCGUUAAAAUUGCCGUUCUUCGUCGUGGUGACGCGGGUGGACUCCACCCCGGCGAACAUCCACGCGGAGACGAUCGAGAAUAUCCACCGGCUGUUGAAAAUUCCCUCGGUUCGGAAGCUGCCGUACCCGGUUCGUCUGCCGGAGGAGCUCGUGCUCGCCGCAAAGCACCUCCGAAACGACCGGAUCGCGCCGAUUUUUGAGGUCAGCAACGUCACCGGCGCCGGGAUCCCGCGGUUGCUGCAGUUUUUGAAUUUACUCCCGAUGCGAAAAGACUGGGAGGAGGCGCGACGGAUGCCGCGGGAGAUGAUCAUCGAUAACAUCUUCUCCACCUGCGUCGGCACCGUCGUCGGGGGCGUCGUCACGCAAGGGGUGUUUCACGUUGACGACAGCGUGCUGCUCGGGCCGAACGCCUUCGGGCAUUACCACCCCGUCGGGAUCAAAUCGAUCCACGUCCUCGGGGUCGACGUCGCGAGCGCCUCGGCCGGGCACGACGCCGCGUUUUGCCUGAAAAAGAUCAAACGAAGUGGGAUUCGAAAGGGAAACAUCCUGGCGGAGCCGAACCCACCGCCGCUCGCGUUUUGGCAGUUCGAAGCCGACAUCGUCGUGCUCUACCACUCGACGACGAUUACGACGGGGUACGAGCCGAUGAUCCACGCCCCGACCGUCCGCCAAUCCGCGAAGGUGAUCCACGUCGAGAAGGAGGUCCUCCGCACGGGCGACCGAUCACUCGUGCGGUUUCACUUUUUAUACCGCCCGGAGUUUAUAAAGGAAGGGCAGCGGCUCAUUAUGCGGGAGGGAAAUACCAAAGGCAUCGGCAUCGUAACGCGGGUGAUGGAAAAACCGAACGAGACGAUCAUCAUGAACGCGCGGCAGAAAAAGCGGCAGACGCGUUUCACCGGCGCCGCGGCCGCGAUCCCCAGCGAGGAGAACCCCAACAAUGCUUCACGAAAGAAAUAA